AUGACUCAGAACAUAGAGGAAUCCACAGAGAUUUUCGGAGAUAUUAACCUCACUCUUGGCAUGCUGGAUAAGGAAGAUAAUAUUAGCAAGGAAAACAUUUAUAGUCAUCUCAUUUCCAUUAUUCAGACCAAUGAAAUCUUGGAUGAUGCUAUUGUCCAGCGUUUGAUUUGUUGUUCUUCUAAGGACAUGAGAAACAACAAUAUCCUCAGAGAAAUCAGGAUGCUCGCUGGUGAAGUCUUGGUGUCUCUUGCAGCACAUGAUUUUAACUCUGUAAUGUAUGAAAUGCAAAAUAACUUCAGGAUCCUAGAGCUACCAAAUGAAUUCACUGUACUGGCCCUAGCUGAAUUGGCAACCAGCUACGUAUCCCAAAGUAUUCCCUUCAUGAUGAUGACUCUACUCACCAUGCAAACUAUGCUGAGGCUGGCUGAGGAGGAAAAAAUGAAAGAAGCUUUCUGUAUUGCCCUUGAGAAGUUCAGCAAAGCUAUUUACAAGUAUGUUAACCACUGGAGGAAUUUUCCCUAUCCCAAAUUGGAUGCCAACCGACUCUCUGAUAAGAUCUUCAUGCUGUUCCGGUUUAUAAUGGAGAGGUGGGCAACCACAAACUCUCACAUUCAAACUUUGGCCAUCAUUAAGGCUCAUGGCCCUGCAGUGGGUCUCCUGUUACAUCGAGAAGACUUGUGUGAAUAUGCCCUAGGCCAGAUACCUUGGCUCCUGAACCAAUAUAAGGACAAAGAUACUGAUUUCCAUGUUACUAAGAGUCUAAGACAAAUAUUGACUGCGAUAGUCCUUUAUGAGAUUACCCUUCCAAAGUUCUUGAGGAAACUCAUCUUUACCUGUUUACUUAGCCAGGUCUGCAGAGUUCAAGAACCUCCUGUCAAGGAAAAUGAAAUGGAAGCAUCAAGCUGUUUUCUCAUUUUAGCCCAUUCCAACCCUGCAGACCUAGUGGAAUUUUUUGAUGAACAAAUAAGAAGCAAUAAUGAAGAAAUUCGAACAAGAAUCUUGAAUUUGUUGAGACUGAUUGUCAGUAUUGAUGAGCCUAAAUUAAGAGACCACACUACUUCAAUUGAAAGAACAAUCAAAACCAUCAUGAAUGAUCUUAAUAUAAAAGUGAGGAAUUCCAUCCUCCUCCUCAUCCAAACCAUGUGUGAAAAAAGCUAUGUGGAAGCUCAGGAAGGAUGGCCUCUGAUUGAUUAUAUCUUCUCCCAGUUUGUACUUUCUAACAAGAAUCUGGAGAAACCAAAGAAGACUCACACCCAGGAGACUGAGAAGGGAGAGAUAUCUGUGAGAGAAACAAGCUUGGAGGUCUUAAAAAACUUGGAUCCUCUGGUGAUUGGGAUGCCUCAGGUGCUGUGGCCACGACUACUGACUUUUGUGGUACCUGAAGAAUAUACUGGAACUCUGGAUUAUUUGUUUAAUAUCAUCAGAAUUUUGAUUAUGGCAGAAGAGAGAAAGAGGAAGAAUGCUACGGAGUCAACAGCACUAGUACUUUCUACAGGAGCAGUGAAACUUCCUUCACCACACCAGCUCCUGGCAAGACUCUUGGUAAUAGCUAUACUCGCCGGUUUAGGAGAAUUACGUGGGGUUGGUGCAAUAGGAUUACUGAAAGUAUUGCCUGAGAUAAUUCAUCCAAAUUUGGUGGAGCUCUGGAAGACACGAAUACCUGAGCUUUUGCAACCCCUAGAAGGAACGAGUGCUAAUAUGGCAAUAUGGGAAACCAUCCUGCUCCAGUUACUCAAAGAAUCUUUGCAGACAAUCAAUGAUGUAGUUUGGACCAUUCAACUGAGUCAUGAGUUUAGCAAAGCAGAUGGAAAGUUACAGAUCAAUAUUUCCCCACUGAGAAGAAGCAAAGAGGAGUUAUUAGAAAAUACUUCCGAGGCCAGCCUUGGUGGCAGCUUAGAGAAAUUUCUUUGGAAGUCCUUGGGAACUACCUUAGCAUGCUGCCAAGAUAAAGACUUUGUAAGCUCACAGAUUAAGGAAUUUCUGACUACACCCAGCCAACUGGGGGACCAAAGACAGGGAAUAACAUCUGUUUUAGGAUUUUGUGCUGAGAAUCACUUGGAUACUGUCUUAAAGGCUCUGAAAACAUUUCAAGACCAUGAAAAGUUUUUCAUGAAUCGAUGUAAGGGUAUUUUUUCAGGGAAAAAGAGCUUAACUAAGACUGAUGUCAUACUGAUCUAUGGAUCUGUGGCUCUCCAUGCUCCCAAGCAUCAACUCCUUGACAAGCUUAAUCAAGACAUCGUAUCCCAAGUCUUGUAUCUGUAUGGUCAGUGUUGUCAGGUUCUGGGCGUGUCUGUAGUAAACAAGGACAUGGAUCUGCAAAUGAGUUUCACAAGAAGCAUCACAGAGAUUGGCAUUGCAGUCCAAGAUGCUGAAGAUCAGACAUUCAAGUUUACCUACAAGGAUGUGUUACUUGGUUACAUGCUAGACUUCAUCAGGGAUGAGCCCCUUGAUUCCUUAGCUACUCCUGUUCGAUGGAAAGCCUUAAUUGCCAUCAGAUACCUCAGCACACUGAAACCUCCACUGUCAGUAAAUGACCAUCUUAACAUUCUUGAAGAGAAUAUUCGGAGACUGCUGCCCCUUCCACCUCUUGAAAAACUUAUAAAUGAGGGUCAGACAGACAAGGACAAGGAGUAUAUUAAAUUUCUCUAUGAACGAUCCAUGGAUGCCCUAGGAAAACUGGUUAGAACCAUGAUAUGGGAAAACGAGAAUGGAGAAGACUGUGAGGAAAUGUUUGAUCUUCUCCGAAUGUGGCUUGUUUCACACAAAGACUGGGAAAGAGAAAGAGCUUUUCAGAUAGUUGCAAAAGUCUUGAUGGAUAAUGUCAAGGCACCACAGAAAUUUAAGGUUGCCUCACUUCUUGGAGUCCUUGCUCCUCACUGCUGUGAUACCCUCUCCACCAUCCGUAUGGCAGCUGCUAGCUCCACUAUUGGUCUGUUCAAAGUAAAAGGUUUUUCCCUAGAGGUAGAUCGACUGCAGACUUUGCAGGAAGGGCUGGAAAAUGAUGAUGUCCAAGUCCAUCUGAAGAUUUCUUCUAAAAUAGCAAAGAUUUUGAGCAAAUUCAUCCCAAAUGAAGAAAUUCAGACUUUCCUGGAGGAAGUCCUCGAUGGUUUAGAGACCCUCAAUCUCAUGUGUGCAAGAGCCUGUGGCAUAUGGAUGAUCACUGUCCUGAAGGAGCAGGGAGCCACUUUAGAGGAUCAGGUAUUGGAGAUUUUGAGCAUAAUUUACCAUCACAUGCCAGUCCUCCGACAAAGAGAAGAAAGUUUUCAUUUUAUGCUGGAAUCCAUCUCCCAGAUAGCCAGCUUUCAUCCAGAAGCAGUUGUUGCCAAUCUUUUACAGAAACCUCUGCCCUUUGACAGGGACACAAAGACAUUGUGGAAGUCUCUGGCUGAGAACCCAGCCUCCAGUGGUAAACUCUUGCGAACCUUAGUAGAAAAGCUGGAGAGCUACUUAGAAGAUGAUGUAGUGGAAAUAGAAGCAAUUUCAGUGGCUUGUGCUAUAUAUGAAGUGGUGUCAGCAGGCAUCUCUGUCACAAACUUGUACCCAGAACUGUUCACUGUUCUCCUGAAGCUAGUCAGCUGUUCCUUGGGCCAGGCUAUGCCCACUUCUCCCCCCUUCAGGCGCCAUCGGCGGUUGAUACAACAGGGAGAACGGCAUCAGAUAGCAGACCCCUGCAGGCUUUCAGUUGCAACUCUAAAUUCCAUCCAAGCCCAAGCCAUGAAAGAAGGCCUUGCCAAAGAAUCUGAGGAGGGGGAAAACUUAUGGCGCCUCCUCUGCAAUCCCACUACACACCACAUAGGAGUAUGUGCACUGGCCAGAAGCAUGGCAGUGUGGCAAUAUGGGGUCAUCUUGGACAUCAUGGAGCAAAUGUUUCCAUCUCUCACUUCCUCCUCAGAGAACUAUCGGAUCACAGGCACAGCUUUCUUCUGUGAGCUCAUGAAGGAGCCAGUCCUUUGGAAACAUGGGAGUCUAAGAGAUGUGCUGAUUUUGAUGGAUCAGAGUGCCUGGGACUCCAAUGUAAUUUUGAGGCAAAUGGCUAUCCGAGGGCUUGGUAAUGCAGCUUCUGGAUCUCCUCACAAGGUGAAGAAGCAUAAGCAGAUACUAUUAGAGUCUGUCAUCAGAGGCCUCUAUCACCUGGCCCGAACUGAAGUUGUCUGUGAAAGCUUGAAAGCUCUAAAAAAGAUCCUGGAGUUGCUCACAGACCGAGAUGUGAGCUUCUACUUCAAAGAAAUUGUACUGCAAACAAGAACCUUCUUUGAAGAUGAGCAGGAUGAAGUUAGACUGACUGCCAUCACUUUAUUUGAGACUUUGGCAUCAUUAACAGGAAGAAGGUGGAAGAUUUUUUUUGCUGAAGAAAUCAAAAAGAGCAUGAUUUCAUUCCUGCUCCACCUUUGGGACCCCAAUCCCAAAAUUGGAAUUUCUUGCCGUGAUGUCCUGACAGUCUGUAUUCCCUUUCUGGGUCUCCAUGACUUCUCUGGCAUGUUAGAACAUCUCUUUGAUGGUCAAGAUCCACCAAGGGCUAAAGAUUUCUAUAGAGAAUUUUGUAUGAAACUGACAAAGAAAAACAGGGAAAUUUUAUGGAUCCUUCACACACAUUCCUUCACCUUCUUCAACAGCAACUGGGAGACUAUCAGAAGUGCAGCUGUCAAACUUACAGAUGCCAUUAUUCUCAACUUGACUGGCCAAUACAUGGGAUUAUUAGACAGAGAACAAUUGACUGCACGGCUCCAAGCACUUCGGCAAGACCCUUGUAUCAGUGUCCAGAGAGCAGCCAAUAUUGCUUUGCAGACUCUUCUGAAAAGGUGUAAAGAGUUAGGCGUUCCUCCCUAA